AUUUGAUAAAGAUUUUGGCCAAAAGAGUGAUGCAAAGUCCAGCUUUCACACAUAUUAUAUAAAUUUAUACUUAGGUAUAAUUUCAAGUCCUUUUGGAUUCCUAUCUUAAUAUUCAGUUUGAUCAAUGACAAUGAACUAUAUUACAUUCCCCCAUCGAUUCUUCUCAUAGUUGUAGCAACAAUGUGGCGAUCGAUUGCACAGUGAGCACUGAUGUUAGGUACUUUUUCAGUAGAUGCAUAAGUUGAACAAAGGAGAAAGUUAUUCGUAGACAUUAUAGAAAACUAUUUCCUUGUGAAAACACUUAAACUAACCGCUUUGGGAUUGUCACAGCUGGACUUGAAAGCAUUUGCGGUGUCAUAAGUUGUAGUACAGGACAAUGACCACAGAUGUUGCCAGGGACAAGGCAGCUCGGCUGCUAAAAAGGCGAGGCAGUGCCUCCUCCAUGGCGAGUGCUGAUGUCCUCAGACCCCCAGAUCACAGGCACAAAAAAGCUGGAGCAGGAUCAGUGAGUACAGUGUCUUACCAUGAUGACCCUGGCCAUGAAGACCUACACAUGGGUGGCCAUGUUAAGAUGGAGAACACAUAUCAACUGGCACCUAGCACACGGUUUCCAAUAGGCUCAGUAAAGGGUAUCAUUAGGGAUGUAUUAGAUAGCUACCUGGCAGAGGAGAGAUAUUCACCUGAACUCUGUAGGCAGAUGACAAAAACCAUUUCAGAGGUGGUAAAAGCCAGAGUCAAGGAGCUGAUGAUUCCCCGGUUCAAGAUCAUAUGUCUGGUCACUAUAGGUCAGCUGAAGGACCAAGGCUGCCGUGUUAGUAGCCGUUGCCUCUGGGACCCUAGCAAUGAUACAUAUGCAUCUUAUGAGUUUCGCAACAGUUCACUGUUUGCAGUAGGUAUGGUAUUUGGUGUGUACACUGAAUGACCACACUGUGAACACAAGAUGGACAAGUGCCCCAGGUCAAAUGUCAUGGGACAAGUGGUUAGGGUCAAGUGGCUCAGGACAGUUGCCCUGAGACAAGUGCCCUUGCUGAGAUUUUAAAUUGAGAAUAUUUAAGUAGAAGUGCUGUGCAUUUGCUUUCCUCCGAGACUUCUGUGAAAUGGAAAAGUUCUAGAAAAUGUGCCAUGAAUUACAGCAAUAUAUUUUCAAGAGAAUUAAUCAUUAAAAAUCAAAAUUUAAAACAAGUGGCAAUUUAAUAAUCUUGAAAAAACUGUUAUGAAUUAUUUGUUACCCAUGUUAUUUUUUUGUGUGUGCAUGUUGCAUGCAUGAGGUUAUUAUCUCACCUACCAAUUUAUUAAACACACAUAAAUACAUACAGAGAAGUGUACAUGCAAAAUUGUACAGUAUAUUUUUUCUUCAUUGCAUAGUUUCAGUUUCUUAAGACUUAAGUUGUUACUCUUUACUGCCGAUCAGGAAACAACUGUAACAGUUACAGGUCAUUUACAUUACUGGAAUUGUAGAAUCAUUACAAGAAAACAGGUAUAAUCUAUGCAGCGAAUUAUCUUCUAAGUCAAUAAUAAGGAUUGUUUGAUCAAGAUGUUAAUUUAUAUUUGAUACACUUUUUUAAUGACUUACCGGGGUAUAUGCAUUGUUAUUGGGUAAAAAUCUAUUAUGUAACAUGGUCUUACAUCAGGCACUUAAUACAUUUUGUGAGAGCUGGAUUCAGUCUACUGCAAAUGGCAGAUUUCAUUAAAUUUCUAGAGAGAUUUUAGGCUGACAUUUAAGGGAGAUUUACAUAAAGAAAACAGGUUAGGACAGUGUAUCAGAUAGUGACCAAAAAGCCCUAUUUUUUGUCCUACGGCCAUAAAUGUAAGGGUAAAAGUGGGCAGUGAGAUUGUAUUUAUAUAGUAUUUUUACUUUUUUUGCCAAAUGAAUUUAUAUUUCAUUGAAUUGUGAGUGCAAGUUCUUUUAAUGCCAAGCUAAAUGAUUGAUCUACAUUCUUUCUUCAAUGAAUACAAAUGAACUCAAACCAAAGACUUUUUUGAAGUACUACUUGCUAGUCAUAGGCAUGUGGAUGUUAUUUUACGGCUAAACUAGUCUAAGCGGCAGACUUACACUGUUCUGUGUACAAGUUUAUUAUGUCAACAUUUGUCGAACAACAUGGAGGUGUUAACUGCUACAUGCAGCAGCAGUUAUGCAAUGGUCUAGGGUCAUAUAUCAAUGAUUUAUUUUGCAUACUUUUGUACUCGUAGAAUCCAAUCCUUGACAUAAAAAUCUAUAUAUUAAAAUUCUAUUUUUCUGCCAUCUGUAAAGAUGUCUUUCACUAUUCAUUUACUAUUUAUAUUGUAAUUAUUUACCUUUUUCCAGGAACAUAGCAAUAAAAUAAUUUUUUUAGAUUUAA